UUUGAUCUUGAUUCGGAAGGAGUUGAAGUUUACGGAUGUGAUUUUUUGUCUAUUUUUGAAACGGUGGGCAAUUCUGAAGUCAAAUGCGUGGAAUAAUUGGUGUAAAGUCUUUCAACAUCAGUGAGCCACAGGAUUGUGAAUUGAAGAAAAGUCAAUCGAAAUGGAGCAUGAACAACAGGAAGAGGCGUUGGCUUCCGGUCGUGUUUUGCGUGAUUUGUUUUUCCUUGCUUAUCGCAUGGGUCCUGAGGGAUAUUUUUCACAACCAUUCAAUUGUGAUGGAUGAAACUGGUGAAAAUGAUACAGCAGAAGAAGCGGUGGAAUUUGGCACCAUCGAUGAAAUCAACGGAAAAAGUCUUGUCCUGCCAGUAUCUGACCAUUGCUGUUCAUUCAAGAGCGGGUGUAAGAUCGUCUGUACUGGCAUGAAUGUAAAUGAUAUAUCGACGGAAAUAGGAAGCGUAUUGGAGGGUCAAUCAUGCGACGGCAUCAACCUCACCAUCGAGUACCUCUACAUCGAAGAUGGAAAUCUCUUCCCCAGAUGGCUUGAUCUGAACGAGUCCAUCCGUAUCAAUCAACUGGAGCUGAAAAAUUCCGACAUUGCUGAUAUUCCUGCAGGAUCCUUCGACGCUCGGCAAUUUUACGGCAUGUCGAUUCUAACUCUUGAUUCGCUUCAGGUUACCCAACUGCAUUCGAACGUAUUCCUUGGGCUCCAACUGCUUCAAGAGCUUAACUUGAAGAAUUUGCCAUUGGAGAAUGUGCAGCCGUUCGUUUUGGCCCCGGUGAAGUUUACCCUGACGAGGUUGCUGGUGGAGGGUUGCAUGAAUCUGCUUAAUCCUCGGGAGUUUACUGGGUCGACGACGAUGGACAAUUUGGCAAUUGUGUCGUUUGAGUAUAACAUUCUCGAUGACGUUAUGACUGAUGAUUCGUUUGCAAAGGUUCCGAGUCUGUCCAGUUUGUACCUGAGACAUUCGCAUAUCAAAACGUUGCGGGUGGGAAUGAUCGAGAGCAUCAGUAAGUCGGUGGAGCAGAUUUACUUGAACGGGAAUGAGUUAAGUUCGAUCGAGGAAGGAGUGUUUGAUAGCUUGGUUGACAGAAGGGUGAAAAUUUAUCUGAAGAGUAAUCCUUUGGUGUGCGAUUGUAAUUUGAGUUAUUUUAAAAAUUUGAUUGUGUCGAAUCCGUCGAUGUUUGAUGAAGUUAAAUGUGCUGAACCGAAAGAGUAUGCUGGGAUGUUGAUCUCUCAAGUUGAGAUGUGUAAUGCUGUGACAGAACCUUCCACAACUGUGACAUCAACCACUGAGACGACAACUGAGGCAGAAACGACAGAAACGACAGAAGUUACGACAGAUCCAACAACAGAAUUUACGACCAUCCCUACGCUUCCGUCCAUUAAGCCUACUGGAAUGCCCACCAAUAAGCCAACGGACAAACCGAAUUUAUCAACCACUGUGACUCCUACUCAACCGUCUUCAACAACAACGACAACUCUAGAUACCACUUCUUCUUCUUCUUCUUCUUUGCCUACUUCAACAACAACUGCUGCCACUUCGUUCCCGGGUAAUUUAUUCACUAUGCAGUGUAUUCAAACGGCUGUCCCAACGCAAUCAAACAUAACUAAUUACCAAGACUCAGAGUUGUCCCUCAAGAAACGAAGCAAAACCUUUACGUUACUGGAAUCCCAGGAAGGGGCAGUUGAGCUCAUCCUGGAUCAAUCGUACAGCGUGGCGGUGAUUCUCUGGUUCUACGAUACCUUGUCCACCAACUCCAUUUUCACGCUGCAAAUCGAAGACAGUGCCAGCUGUGCCCACAUCUAUGGCCGAACCGUUCGAAUCAGCAAUUUGACACCGGACAAGAAUUACAUCUUUUGUGUUCUCUAUCGGUAUGAGAGCACCAUAUCUCCCUUCGAUUGCCUUCCGCACAAGCUGCUUCCAGCCUACGGUCAGCGGACGUGGUUGAUUGAGGAUCAGAAGAUUACCAUGAUCAGUAUUUUGAUAGCUUCGCUUCUGGUAGCCAUCAUGAGUGGCGUCGUCAUGUCCUAUUGCUUCAUCAAGAGCUUCGAUUCCUACCAGAAGUCUUGCCGGAAGGUUACAACUGAUUUGCGAAUCGAAAGAAGUACCACCAAUCAAUGCUACAUGACACCGGUAGCCCAACAGCCCGAAAGACCGCGUCACAAGCGCAGUGUGUCCGAUACCAGUAUCGAAAGCUGCCGCAGCUACGUGUCCGCCGUCGUUCCGGCGACCCAGUUUCAAUACAUUUCCUGGAAGAUGGAUAAUCGAUCCCGUCCGUCAGCGCCACCCCAUUCCCAACAACAGUCGCCGAUGGAGUACUACCCCAAGGAUCCGCCACCGCCACCGCUGCCCCCGCAUCCCACCAAACGGUUGAAGAAGCAAAAGUCGGAAAUUAAAAUCAAUUUCCAUGAAAUUUACGACGAACCGACCAACAGCAGCAGCUACUCGCCCGGUAUGCCGAAAAAAUGUCAUCAUUGAACGUAGGGGAUGUGUUGCUGGCAGCCAAAGCAGCACGUGUGGAUUGGUUAUUCGAUUUAGUGUGGGACUUCUAGUAAUGAAGAUACGGCUCCAUCGUAAGGUGUGAAUUUGACAUAUCUAAUCAGGUUGAACUGGAUGAGUCGAGUUCCUGGAAUUA